UAUAGUGUGAGGGAAAGCAGCGCCGUGAAAGACUAAGCAGCAAAAACUGGUCGCAGUGUGAAGCGAGAGGAGUGGAAUUAACGUUUAAAACGUUCUGAAUCCAUUUUUUUUUUUUCUUGUGGGCUCAACAGUUGCUGCUGUGUGGGAAUCUUUCCCCUGGGUAAUAAUCUAACGAAAACCGCCAGGUUUUAGUCCGUUACAUGCGUGAUUUAACGUUUUUUUUUUACAUUUGACAAUUUGGGAAGGCGAAUCCUUUGCGAAAGGAGAGGUUUGUGAGAAGGAGAAGUAGGAGCAACUGCAGAGGGGAAGGCAAAAGUGCUCCUACGGCAUGAAUGGGUUUAUAUUUCCUUGUGCUGUUGUGUGGCAGGUUGUUCGGCUUUUUGAAAAGUAACAGGCAAAAUGCGUAAGGUGUUCUUUGAAAAUAAGCUAUUCCUUUUAUUUCAUGUUAUUGGCAGACGUCAAAGUUGCUUCCAACCAUUUUACAAUAUAUUAUGUGUAUGUUUACAAAAAAAAUACCUGCAACAUUUUACAUGUUUAUGAUAGAAAUACGGCUAAACCACAGAUUGUUAGGUAGACAAUUUACAAAUAAUAGAUAUGGCAAACUAAUGAGAUUUUUGCAGGAGGUAUGAGGAAAAAAAAAAUCCUUGGAUCAGGUUUACGGCCUGGUACUAAGCUUUUUUCUCGUAGGAAAAAUGAGUUGUAUGUAGUUAACGGACUACAGAAAUGCAAAGCAUUGUUUUUAGUAAUAAUAAAUGGAAUAUAUAGUGUCCUGUAACAGCAGAAAAGCCAUGUGUAAAUGUAUGCAAGUAAAGCAUGAUCUUGCAAGCUCCUAGUUACAGAAUUUUAUUAAGUGAUACAGCUAUGAUCAUAGUGGUUUGACUUACGGAAAGGUCAUAACGACUCAUUUGCUUUGCAUGGUGAGUGUUCCAUUAUUGGUAGUGUAAAGUGUGUGAGGAACACAUGGGAACAUCAGGAAGAACAGUUAGACGCACUUGGAGACAUAAUAAAUAAAUGCAUUUUCUGAAGAUAAAACGCUUAAAAAUUUUUGUGUUUUACCACCAUAUCUGUAAGAUCAAAGGUUUGUUGGUAGCGUGGGUGGGUAGAAUAGAAUGUGUUUAUCGGAGAAAGGAGUAGUAGAUACUGAAUUACAAAUUAUUUUUUUUUCCAGCCAUGCUUGCAGCUUUGUCUGCCUGUAUCACAGAGAAACAGCAGAUGGAUUCAGCAUAUGAUCUGUGGCUUAAAUCAGAUUUGGACACAAGCUGCAACCAUCCUUAGGAGCCACAGAUUUUGACACAGAAGUCCAUCGGUGGCGUAUGAGAAUGUUCUGCUCCGAGGCAGAAUGGAAGCUUUGUCAGUAGAUGGCAGUGCGGCUCACGGCACAGCACAGAAAUUGGGAAUGGUUUGAGCACCACCGCAACGUGCUCACCACGGCAGUCACAAGGCUGCUGUUCUGCUUUACCAGCCACAUCACCAGGGCAACAUGGCAUUCGCAGGCAAAUAUGAAUUCGAAAGCGACGAGAACUACGACGAGUUUGUGAAGAAGAUUGGUCUCUCCAGUGACAAGAUUGAAUUGGGAAGGAAUUGCAAAGUAAUCACUGAGGUGGUGCAGAAUGGAAAUGACUUCACCUGGACGCAGCACUUCCCAGGAGGCCGCACCAUGUCCAAUUCAUUCACAAUUGGCCAGGAAGCAGACAUGGAGACAAUGGGUGGUAAAAAAUUCAAGGCAACUGCUAGAAUGGAAAAUGGGAAAAUAGUAGCUGAUUUUCCAAACUAUCAUCACACUGCAGAAAUUUGUGGAGAUAAGCUGAUAGAGAUUUCUAAUGUUUGUGGUAUAGUCUACAAAAGGACGAGCAAAAGGAUUGCCUAAGGCAGUAAAGCCAGUCUCUUCCAGAACACUGAAAACCAAAUAACAAUACAAAUAAAUAAAAUAAAGUUCU